CUGUUUGACUGCAUACUUACUUCUUUGAUGUUUAUCGGGCUUCUUAACCAUUUCCCUAUAUUAACUAUGACCUAACGAUUUGAAUGCGAACGUUCGUAUUAAAGCUUCUAACAAAAGAAUUUAGGCAAUCAAAAUUGAGGACGAAUCACGCUACGUAUCAUACACCUAUGAUUAAGUCUUCGUGACAUUACCAAAAUAGCGUGAUCGCGUGAUAACGUGAUAGAGUGAUGAUAUGCAAUCACGAAAGUCACGCCUGUCGACUACGCUUCAAAUACUGUUCUGUUUACGAACCGGCUUGUCUGCCCAGAAGGUUAGACUAUAACUUUGUCAUAACCUCAAUAUUCAAAGCAGUGACAAGGCUGCCCGCAGAGACCUUAGUUCACCAUUUGCCCUACCCAACAAUCGCUUGAUCCCGAAUAUCAUUCUGUUCCACAAACAUGGUCCGUACGGAGUACAGUGCAGUUCGUAAAACUGAGGUGCGCGGCUUUUUCGUGAGUUUAUUUAACGUUUUUUUGGUGCUGUUCUUGUUGUUAUCACUGGUGAUUGCCUUGAUUGUGGUAGCUACGGUGUUAGCUCACGAGAAGGGAAAAGCAAAGCACGCUGGAGUGAUUAAAGGUGAUCCCAAAGAGGGAGAGUCCUCUUUGCGUCCCAUGUCCUGUGACGUUGUUGCGGUCGGAGGAGGUAUUUCAGGAAUGUACAUGGCAGAGACACUCAUGCGAAUGAAGAAAGAAGACAACGUGUGUUUGUUUGAAAAAGAUUCCAGAUUUGGAGGACGAGACUAUGACUUUAGGUUUAGCGAAGCACCAAACAUCAGCAUAAGUUUAGGAGCCUGGCGUGUGGAUAGAGAACACAAGAGAGUAAUGGCUUUAACUAGACGAUUCAAUAUCCCCAUGUUGAAAAUGGACAUAAAAGACGUUCAUUGGGAAGCAAGAGGAGUCUUUGUGUCUAGUACCCAGGCCCUCAAAGAGCAAGCUUUCCCGACUCUGCUGUCAGGCCCUUUUGCAAACAUGACGUUGUCCGAAAUGAUGAAAUAUGCUUGGAUGAACAUUACUAGAGAGAAAACACUUGAAUUUCCGUCUUACCGAGAUUUUGUGUGCCACCAACUUGGUAGUGAAGGCUGCGAGUUCUACAUGGCCAGAUACGCUAUUAAAAGAAAUUACGGUGAGGAGAGCUUUUUAGGCGUAUACGAGCGGAGUGAGGCUUCCAGCAAUUCUUCGUAUGAUUACUAUCGGCCGCCUGGUGGCCUAUCAGAUAUCGUCAGUGCAUUGGAAAGAUCUGCGAAGCGUUUGGGAGUAAAGAUGUACGCUAGGGAAAAUGUCAAAGCAAUCCAUAGGAAAGGAAACAUUUUUACAGUCGAUACAGAUAAUUUUACAGUGUCGGCUAGAAAGCUCAUCAUUGCCGUGCCACGCACUCCAUUUGAAGAGAUAUCUGGGGACGUGGCUGCGGAUAUUAAAAGAAAUGUCUUCUUUGAAGCAAAUUUAGCGGAUUCUUCCUUUAAAGCUGUGGCGGUUUACAGUUAUCCUUGGUGGGAAAACAUUACUUCGCUUCACAUCCUGACACUGAAGCCGCUUGAAAGAUUCUUUUCAGGAGCUUCUUGUUUAGUUUCUAUUAUGCCUUACAGGUAAGCUACCAAAAAAGACAUUAUAUGAUUAUCCCUACUCAUAAUCCAUCAAAUAUUUUCGGUCGAACACGAUUGCAUAAUCAACACAAUAGCUCCCAUUUAUCUUUAAAAAUAUGCUCGGAUACUUGUCCUUUGACACA